GGCUCCUCUGCUGUCAUGCAGUUAGCUCUCAUCCCGGGCUGCAUCUGUGCACUGUUUCCCCCCUUGUUGUCUCAAGGAUGGUGGAAGCUAAGAAUGAGUCCCAGCUGGUUCAUAGUCUGGCGAUAAGUGCUGCCAGACCUGGUAAGCACCUUUCUCUCUCUCCUUCUUUCCAGCGCUGCACCCUCACCUCCUGGAUCAAAGAGAAGAUCAACAAAAAAGAAUGCUGCCUCUUUGAGAAAGAUGUCAGAGAGGAUGUCUGCAGGUGUGGAUAUUCAAAGAUUGAACAUGUGGGUGAAGCCAUCAAGCCAGACGACUUCACAGGCGAGUCUUGGGACAGACACAGACAUAUCCAUGAAGUUCCCACUGAUGCUUUCGGAGACAUUAGCUUUGAUGGUUUGGGGCAGAAAACGGGCAAGUAUGCACGAGUGUCCACAGACACUAGCCCAGAAAUCCUGUACCAGUUACUGACUGAACAAUGGAAGCUCUCCCCUCCCAACCUGCUGAUCUCAGUGACCGGAGGUGCCAAAAACUUCUACCUGAAGGCUCGAAUCAAGAACAUGUUCCACAGAGGUCUCAUCAAAGUGGCCCAGACAACAGGUGCAUGGAUCAUCACUGGUGGUACACACGCAGGUGUGAUGAAGCAUGUAGGGCAGGCUGUGAGGGACAACGCCCUGAGCAGCUCCAUUCAUGGCCAGAUUGUGGCUAUUGGAGUGGCAACAUGGGGAAUCAUUCACAAUAAGGACGCUUUGGUGCGUCCAGAGGGUUGUUUUCCAGCACAUUACCCGAUGGACAUUAAGGGCCAGGGCCGACUCUCCUGCCUCGAUAACAACCACACCCACUUCCUGCUGGUGGACGAUGGCACCCACGGAAACUACGGUGUGGAGAUUGAGCUGCGUAGCCGUCUGGAGAAAUGCAUUUCAAGAAAGCGUCUUGGAAACAAAGAGAGCGGAGUGACCAUCCCUGUGGUGUGUGUAGUUUUAGAUGGAGGACCAGGCACCCUGAAUACAAUCUAUAAUGCCAUGUUGUGUGGGACACCAUGUGUGAUCUUGGAGGGCUCUGGGAGAAUAGCAGAUGUGAUCGCCCAGGCAGCAGGACAACCACUGAGCCGGGUGACUAUCGUCCAUAUCCACCUGCUGAUGAAGCGGUUCUUUGGAAAAGAGUAUGAAAAGUUCCCCGACCUUAAGAUCAUAGAGUGGACCAAAAAGAUUCAGGACAUCAUCAGCAUGCCUCACCUGCUGACGAUCUUCAGAAUCAGUGAGGACGAUCACGGGGAUGUAGACGUGGCUAUUCUACAAGCGCUACUCAAAGCUUCGAGGAUCAGUGAGUCUCAGGGAAUUGAGUGCUGGAAGAGGCAGCUGGAGCUGGCUAUAGCCUGGAACCGAGUGGACAUAGCAGAGACGGAGAUCUUCACUGAGGAGAGCCAGUGGAAGUCCAGUGACCUUCAUUGGGCCAUGUUCUCGGCCCUGGUGGGCAACAAGCCUCAGUUUGUGAGUCUGCUGCUGGAGAAUGGUGUGAGUCUGAGAGAUUUCCUGCAGGACGAGGAAACCCUGUGCGAGCUCUACAAACAGAUGCCCGGCUGCUUCUUUCUGAGCAAGUUGGCCAAGCGGGUGGACAGAGCGCGCCGCAGCAAGAGGCGAGCACUCGAUAGAAGGGUUCGAGCUCUCCAAAGGCAAGGAGAGACCAUCUCCUUGACUCAUGUGUCUGAGGAGGUGCGCCACCUGCUAGGCAGCUUCACCCAGCCCAUCUACCCCCCUUCCACCAGGACGUGCAACUUUAAUAUGACUAUGGAGGACACAUCUACAUCACUGUCUAAAUCUCAGGCAGGUUCAGAGUCUCCACAUGAUGAACCUCAGAGGGACUAUGGCAGAGAUCUUUUCCUCUGGGCUGUCGUCCAAAACAACAAAGAUCUUGCGGAAAUUGCCUGGGAGCAGUGUAGAGACUGCAUGUCCGCUGCUCUGGCUGCCACUAUGAUCCUGAAGAAAAUGGCAGAGGAGGGCAGCGAUGCAGACGAGGCAGAGGUCAUGCGUGAACUUGCUAAUCACUAUGAGAAACAAGCCAUAGGUGUGUUCAGUGAGUGCAAUAACAAUGAUGAAGAGCGGGCUCAGAAGUUGUUGGUUCGUGCGUCACCAUACUGGGGAAGAACAACAUGCCUAAGACUGGCACUGGAGGCAGAUGAUAAAAGCUUUAUAGCUCAGUCAGGAGUUCAGGCUCUUCUGACUCAGAUCUGGUGUGGCGAGCUCUCAGUGGUCAACCCUGUGUGGAGAGUGCUCAUCUGCAUGGUCUUCUUCCCACUGAUCUACACUAGAUUUCUUGUUUUCAGACGUGAUGAAGUUAUUCAGAGAGAAACGGAGAAGAAUGAAGAGAUCAAGACAGUGGAGAACGUGACAGGAAGUGUUCUCCGAACAAAAAGUCGUCAUCUUGAUGCAGCCAGACUGCAGCGCCUGAAGAUCCUGGGCAGCUGGUCCAAACUGGUGUGCCUGUACAGCUCUCCUCAGGUCAAGUUUUACUGGAACAUUGUGUCUUAUUUUGCCUUCCUCUUCCUGUUUGCUGUGGUGCUGAUGAUCGACUUCCAGGCAACGCCCUCUCCUGCUGAGCUGCUUCUGUACGUCUGGCUGCUCUCUCUGGUGUGUGAGGAGGUCAGACAGUUGUUUCAUGAUCCGGAUGGCUUUGGAUUUCGUAAAAAAGCCAGGAUGUACAUAAAUGAUGUGUGGAAUAUGUUAGACGUUCUGUCCAUCCUCCUCUUCAUUGUCGGCCUUGCGUUUAGGUUGACCACUAAACUUUUCUAUGCGGGCAAAGUUGUCCUCUGCAUCGACUUUGUUGUGUUCUGCCUUCGUCUCAUGGCCAUUUUCACCAUCAGCAAGACCCUGGGACCCAAGAUCAUCAUCGUCAAGAGGAUGAUUAUGGAUAUGUUCUUCUUCAUGUUCCUGCUGAGCAUCUGGGUGGUGGCAUACGGUGUAGCCAAACAAGGAAUUCUUAUUGACAACGACAGCCGGCUGGACUGGAUCAUCCGCGGGGCAGUUUAUGAGCCGUACCUUAUCAUAUUUGGAGAUUUCCCCACCAAUAUUGAUUAUACUGCGUUUGAUAUCGACACCUGCAGCAUGAAUGGCACCGAUCCUCUGAAGCCCAAAUGUCCUAUCCUUAAUGAAAACCAAAUGCCAGCCUUCCCUCAAUGGCUCACCAUCAUCAUGCUUUGUGUUUACCUUCUCUUUGCCAACAUACUGCUGCUCAACCUACUCAUAGCGAUCUUCAACUUUACGUUCCAGGAAGUUCAGGACAACACAGACACAAUCUGGAAGUUUCAAAGAUACGAGCUGAUAAAGGAGUACCACAGCCUCCCUGCUGCCCCUCCUCCUCUCAUCAUCUUCAGCCAUCUCUACCUCUUCAUCAGGCUCUUGUUGUUGUGUCGGGCCCCCGUCAUAUGCAAAGAGUUUAAGAAUGAGCUUCCUCAGAUAGAGGAGGAGGAGCUGCUGUCCUGGGAGGCGUUGAUGAAGGACCAAUACCUGCUCUCCACACAACAGGAGCAGAAUCAGAGCAUGGAGCGGCGCAUCCUGGACACGGCCCAAAAGGUUACCACCAUGAACGAUCGACUUGAGAGGGAAGAGGAGACAAGCUCUGCUGCCAUGGCGACAAGACUGGCUCGACUAGAGGAGCAGGCUGCCCAGUCAGUCAAAGCCCUGCAGUGGAUUAUGGACAGUCUGAAAUCUCAGGGUUUUGCCUCCAAAGAACCACCAUCGCUAACCACAGCAGACGAGUCCCCCGACACUUUGAGGAGCACAUCUGAGAAAGAGGACAGGUUCCACGUGAAUGCUCGGCAGUUUCACUACCCAAACAGCAAAAUCACACGUUUCCCCGUGCCUGAGGAGAAGGUGCCAUGGGAGGUCAGCUUCAGUUCAUACAUGCCGCCUUAUUACAUCUCUGAAGACGGUGGGGCCCAAAUGGAUGGAGUAGAACCAGUAGACUUGGAUAAUUACAGAAACCCAGGAGGCAGGACGGGUGUCAGGGGACAAGGUGCACUCAGCUACCUCGGUCCAAAUCUGAAUGUAGACCUCGUGCUGACACGGUGGCGAGACAGUGAAAGAUCUGUUUUGGAGUACUUGGCAGUUUGGGACAACCAUGGCACCUUAGUUCUACCUGGGGGACCCGUUCAAUCAGCGGAUGAGUUACCAGUGACUCUCAAGAGAACAUUUGGAAAGAAGUUGUUUGAAAAAUUGUCUGAAAAAGCCUCAGAGGGAACAAAGGUGUUUGAUGAUUAUGUAGAUGACUGCAGGAAUACAGAUAAUGCCUGGGUGAAAACAACCGUGUUAAACAUUCACCUGAGCAGAACCAGUGAGCUUUUUUUCGAUAUCAACAACGUGGUGGUGAGCAGCAAUGGCGCUCUACAGUGGCAGGAGGUGAGCAGCAAAACCAGACUGUCGUCGAACCAAAGAGACUCUCUGCAGAAGGUCGCUGAGCUGCACAACAGGAAGUUCUGACAUUCAUUCUGCUGCAGCUGUAAAUGUGCCUCUCUGUCAACAGGUUUUCACCUGCUGGUUCAUGUAGCCUUCAGUUAGAGGCUGAUCUAGAUGAUUUUCUGUUGCACUAAAUGCACUUGGGGAAAAAAAAACUCUAAAGCCAUGAUUUAUGCUGCUGUGAAUUAUUUUGCACUAAAGUCAUUGGACGGUAAAAUGAUCGCACACACCUUAUUCAUGUUUUAGACUUCAUAUGUGGUCUCUUGAAAAAGAACAUAUUUCAUUAUAGCAGACUGGCCAAUAACACAAACUCAUGAGUACCUCAUUUUUUUGCUACUUCAUACUAUUACAUACAUUUCAGUGGCCAGUGUCAUAUUUUUUAACCUUUGCAUCAUUUAUGUGACAGAAUAGACAGUAUGUCCUUUUUUUCAACCAGAACAUAAACUAGGCUAUAUACUGAUUGUAAAUAAAAUUAUACAUUUUAACAAAGUGAAAAACAUCAAUAAUGAUAAUAUAAUCAACGUCUGAAGGGAAAGCAUUGUAUAAUGAUUACUUUAUGUAUUUAUUUAUUUGCUGUUUACACUUCUGUAAUCAGGUAAAACUUUAAAUACAUGAAAUGUCACAGGGUGUUUUUUUAUUUGAUUAAAGCUGCUGCUUAAUUAAAGUUCUUCCAUCUUAUUCUACCACUGAAAUUGCUAGUAUUGUCAUUUAAUGCCCCUGCAUGUCAGUCUGUUAGUGAAUUUUGCACUUUAUUUCACAUGUGACCUUAGCACUCGUUGCCUUAAUAGCUUAACUAUUAAAAUCAACCUGAAUUUAA